UAAAUUGAACUGCUCUGCUUUUUCGUACCAUGACAUCAAUUAUAAGCAGGCCUGCGGCAGGUCUGCUCAGUAAACCGUUCACCAUUUUUUUUGUAUAGAGUUUUCCUACCACAACGGCCACUUUUGACAGCAGGAAUUGUUUCUUGCUCGUCGCAAAUGUCAAAUAAAGCGAUUCUUAAAAAGUUACUUUCAGGUAGCUUCUUUGGACAUUUUGGCGUUGUUUUGUAAGAUAUUCACCAAAUGUUCCGUGUUUGUUUCCUAAGGAUUUGUAGGAUAAAGGGCAUUAAAAUACAUGCAAAGCUAUUGUUUAAUAAGAAUUUGAUUAAAUACCUAUGAAUUUUUCAAAAAAGUUAAAUCUACAGAAGAGUAAGUUGUGUAAACAUUAAUAACACCCCUAACAUUAUUGCAAAGAUGUGUGACGAGUAUGAACUGUUUGAGUUUUUGGAAAGUGAUUUCAACGAAUCCAGAAUGGCAAAUAAAAAGAAACGUUUAAGGAACAGAGAAAAUAAUGAUCCUUUUGACUUAGAUGAAAAUGCUUUCAUCAAGGAGUACAGAUUUUUCAAUAAAUUUGGUAUCCCUGGUGUGAUUGGAUGUAUUGAUUGUACCCAUGUUCGCAUAGUAAGGCCGAAUGAGCAUGAAGAUAGAUAUUUCUGUAGAAAGAAAUUCCAUUCUCUAAAUGUUCAGUUGAUUUGUGAUGCGGAUCAACAAAUUCUAAGUGUUGAUGCGAGUCAUCCAGGGUCAUUUCAUGACUCAUUUAUAUGGAGCCACCAUCCUGUACGUUACCAUUUGGAAAAUUUAGGGUCUGAAGCAACAUGGCUUUUAGGUGACUCUGGGUACUCACAACGAAGAACGAUUAUGACACCUAUUUUGGAUGCAGAACCGUCUGGUUAUAUGUGCUUCCGGUGUGUCUACACCGGAAGCAUAUUAUACACAAAAGCAUGUAAAGGCUAGGAAUGUGAUAGAAAGAACUAUAGGUCUUCUCAAAGCACGUUUCCGGUGUCUCUUGUGCCACAGGGUGUUGCAUUAUCAACCACAGGUUGCUGGCUUCAUUACAAAUGCUUGUGUAAUAUUGCACAAUAUUCGUAAUGAAAACAACUUGCCUGAAGUAAGGUUGACAGAAGAAGAGCAAGCAAGGGAAGUUGCACAACAACCACCAGUGGAAGCUCUUCAUGAACCAGCUGGGCAACACAACAUUGAGCUUCAACGUGGUAUAUCUACACGGCGGGAUCUUGUGGCACGUCUCUGGGCUCUUCGCCGUACCUGAAAAUCAAAAAAUAGAAUUUUAUUGCAGAUUUUUAUUCAAUAAUAUUUCGUUUUUAAGAGUAAUUUAUAAGUAGCUAUGCAGGUAGUUUAUGAACAAUAAUCUUUUUCAUUUAAUAUUCAUCAAAGUAAUAUAGUUUUUUUAUUGUUAUUAAAUUAAAUUGAAUACCAAUAUUUUAUUAUGUAAAAGCAUAAAAGUACUUAUUCAAUAAGUAAAUGUAUAUAUAUAUAUAUAAUAAGUAAAUGUAAAUGUUAUGUUAUGUUAAGUAAAAGAAUUUUACAUGAAUAAUUUAAUUUGUAAAUUUAAUUUUGCUUAGUAAUCAUCUUUCUUUUUUCUUUUUUAAAAGUAGUUCUAGUUUUAAUUUUGCUCAUUCCAAAAUGACAUAUUUUAAAAUAACUUAAUAAUUAUAAUAAAAAUUAAAUAAAA